GUCGGAUUUCUCUGCCUCGAUCUUUUCUACCGUCCUCGUCGCGAGGAGUUGAAAGAACCCUGACUCUUUGCUUCAGUCUCUUCCGUAGAGCGAACCCGAGUAGGAUGCCCAGGGUGCGGCGACCCUCUCAUGCCAACUCGUGGUAUAAAGGCGAUGCUGCCGCUCUUGAGGCUGAAAUCAGCAAAUGGAAAGCAGCUGUGGAGCCGCUACCAGGCCUGCCCGCGCGAGCUAUCAUUGGCCCCCACGCCGGCUACUCCUACUGUGGACACGUAAUGGCUCAUGCAUACGCGCACAUCGACCCUACCAAAUUCAAGCGUGUGUUUCUGUUGGGCCCCUCGCACCACGUCUUCUCGCGAAAGUGCCUGCUCUCCUCCCAGGCGGUGUACGACACACCACUAGGCCCCAUGCAGAUCGAUUCGGAGGUGUACGGCCAGCUGAGGGCCACCGGGCGCUUCGAGGACAUGGACCUCGAGGUGGACGAGGACGAGCACAGUCUGGAGCUCCACACGCCGUACAUCGUACACACGAUGCGGGGCCAGGAGUUCCGGCUGGUGCCCAUCAUGGUUGGGGCGCUCACGGGGGAAGCUGAGGCCUCGUACGGCAAGCUGCUGGCGCCGUACCUGGACGACCCGACCAACCUCUUCGUAAUCUCCAGCGACUUCUGCCACUGGGGCUCCAGGUUCAGCUAUACCUACUAUGACCGAGAGCAGGGCCAGAUCUGGGAGUCCAUCAAGUGGCUGGACCAGCAGGGCAUGCGCGCGAUCGAGACGGGCGACCCGGCGGCCUUCGCCAGCUACCAGGAGCGCUACAAAAACACCAUCUGCGGCCGCCACCCCAUCGGCCUCUUCCUGAACAUGCUGCAGCACUGCCGUACCCGCCACCGCAUCCGCUUCACACAGUACGACCAGUCGAGCCGGUGCACCGCGCAGUCGCACAGCAGCGUCAGCUACGCGGCGGCGGUGGUGAGUGUGGAGGCGGGGACGGGGGCGGCUGGUGAGGACUGAGGGGGGCCCCAGAGGGUGGCUUGAGGCGGUAUGUCGCAGCUUGGGGCUCUUCUUGGGAGUAGCUUCUGCCGAGGGCUAUGUAGGCUUGGGGGGCUUUAGAGUCGCUCACGUCUCCGCCAGGCUCUACUCCGCUGGUGCGUUCCUUAGGGAGGGCGAAGCGCCGCGCACACAUGCAUCCGUCAUUGCACCUGAUACCGCCUAGCGAGGAGGAACGUAUACCGGUGGCUACAGACCAAUGAACUCAACAUUACCGGAUUUUCCCUUUUGGUUUGCAGCAUGUGUAUGUGUUUAGAAGUAGCAGGGUUUAGAAGUAGCAGGGUUUAGAAGUAGAGGUGUUCGCUUGCACGCUUAAUGGAAAUAGUAGUUGGUUACGGGGCAAUGUUGGUUUGUUCAAAGGGGGGGUGAUAUAGAUAAAUGCAUCAACGGAGUCCCAGGGUUUGUUUAAAGCGGGGUGGGUCAGCAGCGGCCGAGACAAUGGCAAUGACGCAAAGACCGGGGUAGCAGAAGGGGACAACGGCAGAAGGAGCUGUCACAGCAGCAGCCGCGAACGGCGGCAGUAGAAGGUUAUGUUACUGGGUGCUACCGCUGGCGGUGGCGCUUUCCGGGCUGCUGGGGUAAGUUGCGGCAGGUUGGUUUCCGCCGCACGUUAUUGCACAUCAGGUUGCUGUGCGGGUGUAGCGCAGGUGCAUGCGGGGUAGCUGGGUGCAUGAUCUGAUUGCUGUAGUAGCUGUACGUUUCUCCGUUUCGCGGUCGUUGCGUACCUACAUACGCACGGUCGGUUGGGUUUGCCAAGCGAAAGGAACGCAUGUGUGGGUGCGCAUUGCACCUGCUGGUGUUGGUAGUUAUGGUGGUGGUGGUGUGGGCGUUGUGUUGUUGUGAGAUGGUAGUUGUGUGUUGCUGUGUGCGGGCCGCUGGGGUUGUGCUCCACCCCGUGAUACCGGGUGGUGGAUGGUUUGCGUUUCAGGCCAAGGAAGGAGCGAGGGAGAGGUCUUCGUGGAGGAGCUUUUGGCGUUAUUGUAGGGGUUGAUAUGUAAAAGGUUUAGGAAGGAGGUGUACCACGUAUGCGACUGUAUUUUAAUUUGACGGAUCACAUCGUGAAUACUGAAUAUCGCAUAGGCAUCUCAAGAGUUGAUCGAGAGGGUGUGGGAAGUGUUUGGGUGGUUGCCGAAAGACAGGGAUGUGGUUGCAAUAGGGAUGAAGUGCGGUUUCGUGUCGGUGUGCCGCUCUGUGGUUGCACCAACCUGCAGGGGGGUGGUGUAGGUGGUGUUCGCAGAAGAGGCAGGUACAAAGGCGUUGAUACUACAGUAAGUCGAGUGAGUUGUGCGCCGUAACCAACCGCAGACGGUAUGUAUGUAUCCGUACAAGGACAGUG